GGAGCCGCACCGCACCGCACCGCGCCGCAGCCGGAGCCGGAGCCGGAGCCGGAGCCGGCGGCUCAGAGCGGAGCGCAGCGCCAGCCGCGAUGGCCACCACCGUGCCCUGUACCCGCUUCACCGACGAGUACCAGCUGUACGAGGAAAUCGGCAAGGGGGCCUUCUCGGUGGUGCGGCGCUGUGUCAAACUCUGCAGUGGCCAUGAGUACGCAGCCAAGAUUAUCAACACCAAGAAGCUGUCUGCGAGAGAUCAUCAGAAGCUGGAGCGUGAGGCCCGGAUUUGCCGUCUCCUGAAGCAUUCCAACAUCGUGCGUCUCCACGACAGCAUAUCCGAGGAGGGCUUCCACUACCUCGUCUUCGACCUGGUCACCGGUGGGGAGCUCUUUGAGGACAUCGUUGCCCGGGAAUACUACAGUGAAGCUGAUGCCAGUCAUUGCAUCCAGCAGAUCCUGGAGGCUGUUCUCCAUUGCCACCAAAUGGGGGUCGUCCACAGGGACCUCAAGCCGGAGAACCUGCUUCUGGCCAGCAAGUGCAAGGGGGCGGCAGUGAAGCUGGCAGACUUUGGGUUGGCCAUCGAGGUGCAGGGGGAUCAGCAGGCCUGGUUCGGGUUUGCAGGCACCCCUGGCUACCUCUCCCCUGAAGUGCUGCGUAAAGAAGCCUACGGAAAACCCGUGGACAUCUGGGCAUGUGGCGUGAUCCUGUAUAUUCUGCUGGUGGGCUACCCACCCUUCUGGGAUGAAGACCAGCACAAGCUGUACCAGCAGAUCAAAGCCGGCGCCUACGAUUUCCCAUCCCCCGAGUGGGACACGGUCACCCCAGAAGCCAAGAACCUCAUCAACCAGAUGCUCACCAUCAACCCGGCCAAACGCAUCACAGCCCAUGAAGCUCUGAAGCACCCAUGGGUCUGCCAACGCUCGACCGUGGCCUCCAUGAUGCACAGGCAGGAGACCGUAGAGUGUCUGAAGAAGUUCAAUGCCCGGAGGAAGCUCAAGGGCGCCAUCCUCACCACCAUGCUGGCCACACGCAACUUCUCAGUGGGCAGACAGACCACCGCGCCCGCCACCAUGUCGGCAGCAGCUUCCGGUGCCACCAUGGGGUUGGUGGAACAAGCAGCUAAGAGCUUGCUGAACAAGAAAGCCGACGGAGUCAAGCCACAGACGAACAGCACCAAAGGCAGUGCCGGCGUCACCAGCCCGAAGGGGACGCUCCCACCUGCAGCACUGUGGGCCCCCAUGCAGCCAGCUCCAUCUGGAGCCCAGGGUAUACCAGCCCCAGGCUCUCCUUGCAGAGACAGGCCCUCUGGGCAGCAUCCCUUGGCAUCCCAGGUGAGUGCUGCUUUCUUCAAAGGCUGGAGAGAAGACCGGUGUCCAUGUCCAUCUCUAAAGGUAAGAGCCCAGACAGCCAUGCCUCCCAUAUCAGCCCAACACAGCCCCGUCAGAUGGUGGAGUGAAUUCAGGUACAGCUCCUGGGUCUCAGAGAGCAGCUACUGGUUAUUUUGAUGGGGGAGGGGGUCUGGACCUGUCUGGAGGGGACCCUGAGUCCAGAGCCUACCUGUUGCUCCUAGGAAGGUCAGGGACAUGCACGGAGCAUCUGAGUGUCCUGUGAAGCAUCCAAGGGAGACCCACCCACGAGGGGCACCUUGGCAAGGCAGCAUAGGCUUCACCAGUCUCCUGCCAACCUGCCUCAGAGGAAGGUGCUGCCCUAUGCCUUGGACCCCUUGGCUUGCAUGCCUGUCUUAGGGCAGGGCGAGGCAUUGGUCUGCUUCCAACCCACCCUUGUGGCAGCCAUUAAGGGAGGUGGGUUGUAGGCCCUGGACACAGGAUGGGCUGGAGGCACCAGCAGCCCAGGGCCCAGACCAGUCAGCAUGUCUGUAGUCCCGUGUGCCCUCCAGGUAAGUGCUCAGGCUGACAGUCUCCUGGGGCAAGAUGCCAGCUCCAGCACUGUUUGGCAAAGGAAGGUAAGAGACCUCCCCGUGUUGCAGUCCCGGGGGGCAGGGGGAAGGGGUGUCUGGCAGGCUUCUGCUCCCAGCCCUGCGUUGGGAGCCAACAAGCAGCCCCCGGGCAAGCAAUCCCCCUGGACCCCCAGGCCCCAUGACAAAAGCAUGGGCUAACUCUGGGGGCCAUCCUUUGGCCAGUGACUGCUCUCUUCAUGGCCCCUGGGUGGCAGGGUCCACAGGAGGGGGGCCGUUCCUUCUGCCCCUCCCGCAGCACUCUCCCUCCAGCUCCAUCUCCGUCCCAACGCCUCGCCAUGGCUCCAAUGCCUCCUCCAGUCCAUUCCCAGCACUCUCCAUACACACGCACUCUCUCUUUCUCUCUCUCUUUCUCUUCCCUGCCCCCCCUAAAUCACUCUGCUGCUCCUCUGUCUUUAAUCAUUUUUUGCCCUCUUGCGGGACUAAUCACUUUUUGCUUUUCUCCCUCCAUCCUUCCCCUUCCCCUGGGUCUCGUCCACCCCCCCCCAACCCCCAUGUUCUCACCGCCGUCUUUCCGGUCCAUCUCUCCCUCUCUUCAACGCCACCUCGUUCUCUCUUCCUUCCUCUCUGUCUCUCCCCCCUCUU